AUGUUACCCAUCCUGCUUCUUCGUCUUUCUCUUCCUCUUUCUCCCACGUCUUGCCGCCUUAUCUCGAUUACUGUCACUGGAAGUAUGAUUCCAACCGACAGUAAACUGAGACAGAUGCUCAACGACAACGCUCGACCAACUUCUCGGCCCUUUGAGCUCCUCAUAAAUUCUUCCACACGCCUCCCGCAACAUGUAAUCGUCGGUGAUAGAGCUUCGGGUGGGAUUGUACAUCGGUUUUCUCUAUAUGUCUCUUUCUUUCUCUCUUUCUUUCUCUCUUUCUUUCUCUCUUUCUUUCUCUCUUUUUUCUUUUUUUUUCUGUCUGUCUUCCUUUUUUUAUUUCUGAUUUUCGUUCUUUCUUUCUUUCUUUCUUUCUUUCUUUAUCGCUUCCUUUUUUCUUUCUGGUUUUCUUUCUUUUCAUCUUUCACAUUCUUUCUUUCUUUCUUUCUUUCUUUCUUUCUUUCCUCUUCUUUUUGUUUGUGUCUUUGCUUGUAUGUUUCUUUCUUUUUUUUAUUCUGCCUACACUUUUCACGACUUCGUUCUUUUUCCUUUCUACGCCACCUUUUAUUUCUUUUUUUAUCUUUAUUCUAUCUACGCUUUCCAAUUAUUUGUUCUUUCUUUCAUUUCCAUCUCUUUCUUUCUUUCUUUCUUUCUUUCUUUCUUUCUUUACCAUGUCUUUCUUUCUUUCUUUCUUUCUUUUCCAUGUCUUUGUUUUCCAUGUCUUUCUUUCUUUGUUUUCCAUGUCUGUCUUUCUUUCUUUCUUUCUUUCUUUCUUUCUUUCUUUCUUUCUUUCUUUUCCAUGUCUUUCUUUCUUUCUUUCCAUGUCUUUUUCUUUCUUUUUUUCCAUGUCUUUCUUUACCAUGUCUUUCUUUCUUUCUUUCUUUCUUUCUUUCUUUCUUUCCAUGUCUUUCUUUUCCAUGUCUUUCUUUUUUUUUUUUUGUCUUUCUUUCUUUCUUUUCUUUCUUUCUUUCUUUCUUUCUUCUUCUUUUUUUUUUUUUGUCUUUGUCUUUGUAUGCUUCUUUUUUUUUUUAUUCUGCCUACACUUUUCACGACUUCGUUCUUUUUCCUUUCCACGCCACCUUUUAUUUCUUCUUUUAUCUUUAUUCUAUCUACGCUUUCCAAUUAUUUGUUCUUUCUUUCAUUUCCAUCUCUUUCUUUCUUUCUUUCUUUUCCAUGUCUUUCUUUCUUUCUUUCUUUCUUUCUUUCUUUCUUUCUUUCUUUCCAUGCCUGCCUUUCUUUCUUUCUUUCUUUCUUUCUUUCUUUCUCUCUUUCUUUCUUGCUUUCUUUCUUUCUUUCUUUCUUUCUUUCUUUCUUUCUUUCCAUGCUUGCCUUUCUUUCUUUCUUUCUUUAUUUAUUUAUUUAUUUCUUUUCAUUCGUUCAUUCACUCAUUCUUUCUUUCUAUUCAGCAUUCCUUCCUCAUUUCAUCGUUUGAUGAAAUAUAAACGUUUUUCUUCUUUAUUUUACUAUCUCAAACAUUUCCCUAUUUUUUCCCUCCUUUUCUCUUUAUUUCUUUUCUACCCCUUCCUCUUCCCCUAUCUACUUUUUACCUUCUUUCAUCCCUUCCAAACAUGUUUCUUUCACUUAUUCAUCCACUUCUUCCCCGCUUACUUCUUUUUCUUAUUCCAAAAUGUCUUACUUUUCUUUUUUCGGUCCAACUCUCCCCACGUUGUAUCCUUUUUAUUCUUUUAUUUCCUUGAUUCUUUAUUUCCUUCUAGCUUGUUUCUUUUGUUCUUUCUUUUCUUCUAUUUUCUUUCAUUGUUUUUUUCUUUCCUUUUAGCUUAUUUCAUUUGUUCUUUCUUUCCAUCUAAUUUAUUACAUUGUUCUAUCUUUUUUUCUAGUUUAUUUCAUUGGUUCUUUCGUUCUUUCUUUCUAGUUGAUUUCAUUGGUUCUUUCUUUCCUUCUAUUUUUUCAUUGUUUAUUUCACUGGUCCUUUCUUUCCUUCUAGUUUAUUUCCUUGGUUCUUUCUUUCCUUCUAGUUUAUUUCACUGGUUCCUUUUUUCCUUCCAGUUUGUUUCUUUCAUUCUUUCUUUCCUUCUAUUUAUUUCACUGGUCCUUUCUUUCCUUCUAGUUUAUUUCCUUGGUUCUUUCUUUCCUUCUAGUUUAUUUCACUGGUUCCUUCUUUCCUUCCAGUUUAUUUCCUUCAUUCUUUCUUUCCUUCUAUUUAUUUCACUGGUUCCUUUCUUUCCUUCUAGUUUAUUUCACUGGUUCCUUCUUUCCUUCCAGUUUAUUUCUUUCAUUCUUUCUUUCCUUCUAGUUUAUUUCCUUGUUUCUUUCUUUCCUUCUAUUUAUUUCCUUGGUUCUUUCUUUCCUUCUAGUUUAUUUCACUGGUUCCUUCUUUCCUUCCAGUUUAUUUCCUUCAUUCUUUCUUUCCUUCUAGUUUAUUUUUGUUUCUUUUUCUUUCCUUCUAUUUAUUUCACUGGUUCUUUCUUUCCUUCUAGUUUAUUUCACUGGUUCCUUCUUUCUUUCUUUUAUUUCUUUCAUUUUUCUUUUCUAGUUUAUUUCCUUGUUUCUUUCCUUCUUGUUUAUUUCUUUCAUUUCUUUUCUUUCCUUCUAAUUUAUUUAUUUGGUUCUUUCUUUCCUUCUAAUUUAUUUCACCGGUUCCUUCUUUCUUUCCAGUUUAUUUCCUUCAUUCUUUCUUUCCUUGUAGUUUAUUUCCUUGGUUCUUUCUUACCUUCUAGUUUAUUUCCUUGUUUCUUUCUUUCCUUCUAUUUAUUUCCUUGGUUUACUUUUUCUUCUAGUUUUUUUUUCCUAGUUCUUUCUUUCCUUCUAGUUUAUUUCCCUGGUUCUUUCUUUCCUUCUAGUUUAUUUAUUUGGUUCUUUCUUUCCUUCUAG